AUGGAUCGUACUAAAAACAACAUUCUCCAAAACAUCCACGAAGAAAUGGUUAAAGGUACGUUCAAUGACCUUGACAUUGUCUGUAAGAAUGGGACAACAACAGCAAACCGCUUGGUCCUGGCCGCGAUGUCACCUUACUUCAGGGAAAUGCUGACAUCAGAUAUGACAGAGAGUCGGACGGGCGUCUUAAAUCUGCCCACUGUCACGGUGUCGGUGUUCCAAGAUGUGCUCAAGAUGUCUUUGUGUUCAGUGGAUCUUGUAAACGAAGGCAACUGCGUCAGAAUUUUAGACGCGUGUGAAAUGAUGCAGCUGAACAACGUCAAAUAUAUGUGUCGUCGUUACCUUAAGGGAAGUAUCGUGCUCAGUAUUGAUAACUGUCUACAUUGGUGGAGAAUUAUGGACCGCUGCAAUGUUCGUGAUUUGUCCAACAGAGCAGUCUCUUAUCUGACAGAAAACCUGACCGACUUUGUUGAAAGAGAAAACAUUGUUCAUUUGUCAAAGAGAGAACUCUUAAAAAUCCUGUCCACAGAUGAUUUGAAAUGUAAGGAAGAUCAAAUUAUGAAAGGUGUUAUGAAGUGGAUUGAAAGAAAUAACCCGGAUACAGAUGACGUAACACGUAUCUUUGAAAUGAUCAGGAUUGAUCUUGUUCAUCCACAGUUUCUCAUUGAAAACGUCGUUUAUUCAGAAGUCAUUUGUGGAAAUCAAUCAGUUCAGCAAAUGAUAAAGAAUGUGUUGUGGUCACAACUUACGAGAGCAGGUUCUAAAAGCAGAUUUCAGAACAGACGUGUAGAUGUAUUCAUUUUACAUCACAACAACACUUGUCUCCUGUCUUGUUUUACAUCAGAAGGAACAUGGGAAGACGUUCCACCUGUUCUAGUAGAUCCUGGUUCUGGGUAUUCAGCAGCAAGUCUAGGCAACAAGAUCUACAUCACUGGUGGUGUCAGUAGAAAAAGAUGUACACUCAUUUACAACAUAUGUAGAAGAGGGUGGGAAACAGGUCCAAAUCUCGAAGAACAACGCGUCUUUCACUGCAUGGCCACAGUUAAUUGUAAAGUGUAUGCAAUUGGUGGCGAGAACAGCACCACGAUUGAAAAGGUGAGCGAGAGUGGAUUACGCUGGCAGCUUGUUGGAGAUUUAAAACAGAACAGAAUGGAUGCAUUCGCUGCUACAGUUCGACACAACAUUCUGGUGAUGGGUGGAGAGAGUGGAGGACGUGGAUCAGAUGUUAUCCAGUGUUUCAAUACAGCGACUCGCUGUGUGUCUAACCUCAGCUCACGUUUACCAUACAGAUCGGUGUGUCUGAGAGGUUCGGUUCACCUGUCUGAUGUAUAUCUGCUGGACUAUGAUGGACAUGUGAUGCACGUUCAGGUCACUGACAGUGAUGGUGAAAUCAAGAUUGAAGUCAAGUCAACAGCGAAAUGGCGAUCAUUUGAUUUUUGGUUUGACAUAUUAUGGCAGAACGGAAGCUUGCUGUCCUUCAGUGGCUGUGACACUAAGUGUAAAAUUAUAAAAUACAACCUGGCUGAAGGGAAAGAGGACAAUAUUACUUUCCCAGAAUCAACGAGAAGUGGUGAUGUGUAUACUGUUCUGCCAGUGGAUCAUAAAGCAUAA